AUGCGCCUCACUGCGCAGGAGGCAAUCGCGUAUUUGCGUCCGUUUGUCAGGGACGACGGCGGCCCGAGGUUUUACGUGGUUCCGGAGCCCACCGCCGCCGCCGCCGAUGCCCAGGCGCUGUCUUUCAUGGAGCGCUGCUGGAACUCGGCGGUGGAACACGCUGCGGAUGCCACUGCGUCGGCCUCAAGCGGAGUUGUGUCGUCCAGCGGUCUCGCCAAUGAGCACAGCGACACGGCAGCAGCUGGAACUCUACCCGUGGAAGCCCCCCAACUACCCCCAGUCAAUUUUCCAGAAAAUGCCUCAGUGGUGUUUUACGAUGCCCCCUCGUUUGCAUCGCCGAUAACGCCUUCGGCGAUUCCAAGCGAUGCAGGGUAUUUUUUCUCUGCGGCUGUUGUUCCUGCGGAGCAGAAUACGGAUGGCCGGCGUGGCCGCAACGGCAUAGCGUGGGUUGUUUUGUGA